CACUGACCUCAGCAAGAGAGCGCAACCACAUCUGCCCGCCAUGGAUGAUGACAUGUUUGACGUCUUCGAGGGCGGCCCGUCCAAGGACGCCGCGCCUCGCAAAAACAAGAAGCGACAGGCCAACGGCGACGUCAAGUCGCCAGUACCCGUGGAAGAUGCGUCCAUGUCGGAUGCACCCGCAGCAGCGCACGAGGGCGCAAACGAAAACGAAAACGAGAACGGCGCAGCAGAGAAGCUGAAGAAGAGGCAGAAGCGCGAUGCCGAGCCCGAGCCCAUUGUCACCGACGACUUCGAGACGGAGCAGUCGCGCGAGGUCGCGGCGGCCGCUGGACUGCAGGCGCAGACCCAGGACGGCCAGGCAGUGGUGCUUUCGCAUCAAGUCCGCCAUCAAGUUGCCCUGCCGCCAGACUACGACUACGUCCCUAUUUCCGAGCACAAGGCCCCAGCAGAGCCCGCGCGAACCUGGCCCUUUGCGCUGGAUCCUUUCCAGCAGGUGUCCAUCGCCUCGAUCCAGCGCAAUGAGAGUGUCCUCGUAUCGGCACACACGUCGGCCGGAAAGACGGUCGUGGCAGAGUACGCGAUUGCGCAGUGUCUCAAGAACAACCAGCGAGUCAUCUACACCAGUCCCAUCAAGGCGCUCAGCAACCAGAAGUACCGAGAGUUUAUGGCAGAGUUUGGCGACGUCGGCCUCAUGACGGGCGAUGUCACCAUCAACCCCACUGCGACAUGUUUGGUCAUGACGACCGAGAUUCUCCGAUCCAUGUUGUACAGAGGCUCCGAGAUCAUGCGCGAAGUCGCGUGGGUCGUGUUCGACGAGGUGCACUACCUCCGCGACAAGUCAAGAGGUGUCGUUUGGGAAGAGACCAUCAUCCUGCUCCCAGACAAGGUCCGCUACGUUUUCCUGUCCGCCACCAUCCCCAACUCAAUGCAGUUUGCCGAAUGGAUUACCAAAACCCACAACCAACCCUGUCACGUUGUGUACACCGAUUUCCGGCCGACUCCGCUGCAGCACUACUUCUUCCCCGCCGGCGCCGACGGCAUACACCUGGUGGUGGACGAGAAGGGCGUGUUCCGCGAAGAGAACUUCCAAAAGGCCAUGUCGUCUAUCGCGGACAAGGCUGGAACUGACGCGAAGGACUUCAUGGCGAAGCGCAAGGGCAAGGGCAAGGACAAGAAGACCAACACGGGCGGCAAUAGAGAGCAGACAGACAUCUACAAGAUUGUCAAGAUGAUCAUGGUCAAGGCCUACAACCCGGUCAUUGUGUUCAGCUUCAGCAAACGAGAGUGCGAAAACUACGCCCUGGCCAUGAGCUCCCUGGUGUUCAACGAUGAAUCGGAAAAGGCCAUGGUUACCAAGGUGUUCAACAGCGCCAUUGAGAUGCUUUCAGAGGAGGACCGAGAGCUGCCGCAGAUCCGGAACAUCCUCCCUCUUCUUCGGAGAGGCGUUGGCGUCCAUCACUCUGGAUUGCUGCCGAUUCUCAAGGAAACCAUUGAAAUUUUGUUUCAAGAGGGUCUGAUCAAGGUGCUGUUCGCGACCGAGACCUUUUCCAUUGGACUCAACAUGCCGGCCAAGACGGUGGUGUUCACAAGUGUGCGCAAGUUUGACGGAGUUUCACAGCGAUGGGUGACGCCUUCAGAGUUCAUUCAGAUGUCUGGUCGUGCCGGUCGUCGUGGUCUUGAUGACCGUGGUAUCGUCAUCAUGAUGAUUGACGAGCAGAUGGAGCCUGCUGUGGCCAAGGAGAUUGUUCGUGGCCAGCAAGACAACUUGAACUCGGCGUUCCAUCUGGGCUACAACAUGAUCUUGAACCUGAUGCGAGUGGAAGGCAUCUCGCCCGAGUUUAUGCUUGAAAGGUGCUUCUAUCAAUUCCAAAGUACAGCUGGAGUCUCGAAUCUGGAAAAGCAACUCGAGGAACUCGAGGCAGAAAAGGCGGCCAUGAAUAUCAUGGACGAAGGUACCAUUAAGGACUACUACAACCUACGUCAGCAACUAGACGCACAUACCAAGGACAUGCGCGAUGUAAUUAUGCAUCCCAACUACUGCCUGCAAUUCCUGCAAGGCGGCCGGCUCGUCAAGGUCAACUACAAAGACCACGAUUUCGGGUGGGGUGCAGUGGUGGCCUUUGCUCCCCGCAAGGCGAACAAGGGCGAGGUCUUCCCACCCCAAGAGUCGUAUAUUGUUGACGUUUUGCUGCUAGUAGGCAGCGAUAACAAGUUUGCCCCCACGGUCAACGAUGGUCUGCCUCCUGGAGUGCGGCCGCCUGCGCCGGGAGACAAGGGCAAGAUGGAAGUGGUUCCUGUAGUGUUGAACUGCAUUGAGUCGAUUGGCCACAUCCGGGUGUUCCUGCCAACCGAUCUCAAGACGGCGGAGCAGAGGAACAAUGUUCGCAAGUCCCUCAACGAGGUCAAGAAGCGGUUCCCAGACGGCAUCGCCAUCCUGGAUCCCAUUGACAAUAUGAUGAUCAAGGACGACAGCUUCAAGAGGCUUCUCAGGAAAAUCGAAGUGCUGGAAUCCCGUCUGCUCACCAACCCUCUUCACAAUUCGCCGCGGCUGCCUGAGCUGUACAGCCAGUAUGCCAAGAAGAUUGCCAUGAGCGAAAAGAUCAAGGACACCAAAAAGGAGAUUGCCAAUGCCUUGUCGGUGAUCCAGCUGGAUGAGCUGAAGAGCCGCAAGCGUGUGCUGCGGCGACUCGGCUUCAUUGACGAUGCCGAUGUGGUGCAGCUCAAAGCGCGCGUUGCGUGCGAGAUCAGCACGGGCGACGAGCUUGUUCUCAGCGAGCUGCUGUUCAACCGCUUCUUCAACGAGCUGACACCCGAGCAGUGCGCCGCCUGUCUCAGCUGUUUCAUCUUUGAGGAGAAGACACAGGACGUGCCGGCGCUCAAGGAAGAGCUGGACAAGCCGUAUCGCGAAAUCCAGCAGCAAGCCAGGGUGAUUGCAAAGAUGUCACAGGAGAGUAAGCUGACGUUGGACGAGGAAGAGUACCUCAAGUCGUUCAAAUACGAGCUCAUGGAGGUUGUGUAUGCGUGGUCAAAGGGAGCUACGUUUUCGGAGAUUUGCAAAAUGACAGAUGUGUACGAGGGCAGUCUGAUCCGCCUCUUCAGGCGACUGGAGGAGCUGCUCCGGCAGAUUGCUCAGGCGGCCAAGGUCAUGGGCAGCGAGGAGCUCGAGCAAAAGUUCACGGCGGCGCUGGAGCUCGUCCGCCGGGACCUGGUCGCUGCCCAGUCUCUUUACCUGUAGCGUGUGUUUUGUUGGGUGUUUUUCUUUGUGUAGUAUAGCCGUGUGUUGGGAGUUUGGGGUAGCGCGUUUGACCUUGCGCAGGUAAGUGAGGUGCGCCGCCGAGCGUGCCCUUGUGUGCGGGCCCCGUGAAAGCGCCGCCGCGGCCAAACAAACAAACAAACAAGCAGCAGGCGUUUCGGGCGUCGAAAGGGGCAUACUGAUGGUGCAGCGUUCUCCACGGAAGACGGCCAGCAAGAUAUGUCCUGGAUAGAAAUUGACUAGAUCUGAAGCGGCAGGCCCAGGCUGCGGCGGAUGAUCC